AUGGCCGCCCCGCCGCCCCCGCCCCUCGCACUCACAACCCUCCACGACCAGCUCCUGACCCUCGAGCGCCAAAAGGCCUCUCUGACCGCGCAGCUGCUCUCCCUCCGCGCCACGCACCCCCUCUCAAACACCUCACCACCCACCCCGCCCUCCUCCUCCUCUUCCUCCUCCUCCUCUUCCUCCUCAUCCCCCGCCUCUUCCUCCCCCGCCUCCGCCACCACAACCGCUACAAGUACGCAAAAGACAACACAAGAGCCACUGACGGACGCCGACCACCUCAGCGCCGUGUUCGCCUCCACCACGGCCUCCGCCGCAGCUUCAAUCGCGCGCCUCCACCGCAUCGCCGGCAUCACAACGUUUACCAUCCGCGACCCGUCGCCGCCGCAUACCACGCUGCUGGGCGUCAGGAUCGAGGUGUUUUGUAACCGGCAAUUCCACCCCCCCACUACCUACACAUAA